UGCCAUAAGAAGUACGUCCCCGUGUGCGGGUCGAACGGAGACACGUACCAGAACGAGUGCUUCCUGAGGAGAGCCGCCUGCAAGAAACAGAGAGCCAUCACCCCCCUGUCAGAGGGACCCUGUUACCCCGACGGUGGUUCAGGAUCUGGUGAUGGAGAUGAUGAAGGCUCUGGUCGCGGGAAAAAGGCCUCGAAAUGUGGAAACUGCAAGUUUGGAGCCGAGUGUGACGAAGAUUCAGAGGAUAUGCUCUGCAUGUGUAACAUCGUGUGUAACGGCCACAACGACAACCCAGUGUGUGGCAGCGACGGCGUCACCUACGACACGCCGUGCCACGUCCGGGAGGCGUCCUGCCUCAAACAGCUGAAGAUCGACAUCAGACACGUGGGGCGUUGCCAAGAUAAAAGUAGGAAGGACGACAGCAUGAAGACCAAACCAGACGUCUACGCUGUGUCCAAACCUGGUGAGGGGGAGGGAUUUGUGGACAGCCCUGCCCCCUGUCCUGAAGACUACGCCCAGUUCUGUGAACACGGCCACUGCGAGAUGAGACACAACCUGCCCACCUGCAGCGUCCUCAUCGCCGCCAUCAUCGGAGCCGUCCAGAUCGCCGUCAUUGUAGCCGUGGUCAUGUGCUUCACCAGGAGGUGCAACAAGACGAAGCGUGGCCGGAGACAGAAGCAGCACCUCGGUCACUUCCCGUCAGGAACGUCCUCCAGGAUGAUGUAGCUGCUCUUUUUCCCUCUCUAAUGUUUUUAUGAAAAGUCUAAAUUUUUCGUACCACACAGACAGACUGCAGUUUUGAUAUCUCGACUUUUUGGUGCCUCUUUUGUUUUCCCUUUUUUUAAAAUACUUUUUGAAUUUCUUAAGGGGCCUUAUUUUUCAGAUUUUCCUCCAUGUUUGUUUUUUUCCGUCUGGACAGUUUUGUCUCCGCACUGUCUGCAGAUGAUGAUGCUGCCGUCCUCUCAGACUCUGAAACACUGUGGAUCCUCCGGCAGGAAACAUUAUUUAUCUGAUUGUAUCUUCACUUUGGACCGUCCUCAUACAAACUGGAAUAACAGAUUGUCUCCGUUCAUUUUAACCCUGUGGGACGCAGAGUGAUGCCGUUUUUGUGCUUCUUUUAUUUUAAAGGAAUAUUAAUGAUUGUUUCACCCUGUUUGUGUGGAAUAUAAAUCAAGAUCACUGCUGAAUACUUAAAGUUGAAAUUUAAAUACGGCUGGAUUUGACUGAACAUUUAGUUUUUAGUAUUUUUUUAGGAUUCACAUAAUUAAAUUGAUUAUCGUUUGAUUUCUCCAUAAAAAAACAAAUGUAGCUGCUAAAAAGUUUAGCAUCCGGACUACAGAGGAUAAACAUACGUACGAGAGGAAGAAAUCUCUCUGGUAGAUUGGGAUUAGUGGAUUUUAAAGGUACAACAUGUUAUAAAUUUCAGCAUUAAUAUUUAGUAGUGAUUCAAUAUUCAGGGUUCCCACAUGUCCUGGAAGUGGAUUAUAAUGACCAAAUAUCCUGAAAGUCUUUAAUAGUAUUUUAGCCCCUCACUCAGAUCGCAGACGUACACCUGGGUUUGGAAAGAUAAUCUGCGCAGUGACACUGGGAAGUGGAUUUACCAGACACAAAGCGGAGCGGACCUGCUGCCAUCUUUUGGAGCCGCAAGCUCAGUUCAGAUUCUACCGAUGGUUAUUAUCUACACACACAAUUCAACGACGGGGGCAACGAAAAACAGCCUUUUUACACACACAGCCCGUCAGCAAGUGGUCGACUAAUGUGGGCCUGUCAGAGGAAAGUCGUGUAUAAGUUCAUUAUUCCAUGCACACUACAAACCUAAUAUAACUAUAAAAAACAAAAAUACAUUGGGUUAUGCUGUAGAGAGCUUUUUUUGUAAAUCGGCCUUGUGUGAGUGCAGAAAUCAGUCAAUGCUGAUUAUCUCCAAACGCCAGAUAAUCGACCCAUUAAUCAGUUAACGAUUAGAUUUGUGGUAGUGGUUACCCCAGCGAUGUUAAUUCCACGCGCACAGGGCUUUCACUUUCUCGAAGAUUACAUUUCUGUAAAAUAAAAUAAAUCCUACUUGAUUUGAACUGGUACUGCCACAAAAGCAAGCAUGAACGCUGACCCCCAUCCUGUAAUGAACCCCCAUCAGUAAAAAAAAGAAUAAAACUGCAGUUAAAUGAGUCAGUACUAGACCUCCCGGUGGGUUAUCUGUCUGUGAGCAGGCUGUCAUGGAUUCUUAGAAAACCUCCAGGACAAGGAUAGAGUGGGAACCCUGAGUAUCACAGUUAGGGAUUCAUUCGUUGAUAUUUCUGUGUUGACUUUUUACCAUGCACUGUGUCCACAUUGUCUUCAGUGUGGGGACCAGUUAAAGGUGUUAUGAAGGCAUUAAUACUCCAGGGGGCGCUCUGUACCAGGACUACAGGAUUAUCAGGGACCACUGAAGCCCUCUAGGGUAUUGUUGCAGACUCACAGCUGAUGGGUUAUUUUUCUGUUUUGCUGUGUCUCACAGGGUCAAAAAUAAUCCUUCAUGUAACUCAGAUGAACUUUAUUUGAGCUGUUUUUGUAUUUGUUACGAUGAGACGCACCUAAAAACCAAAAUGCUGUUUUUUCUACUGCUUAAAAAAAGAGAAGGUACAGGCUGACAUGUACAGGUUGUUUUUAUUGCUUAAUUUUCAGAUGACGCCAUUCCGGAAAUGGACUCCAAUGUUUUUUUGUGUGUUCUGACAAGCUGAUGAUAAUUUAAAUCGCUUUGUUUUUUGGUCGAGUCUCUGCUUUUUUUAUCUAAUUGGUGGUACGAUGGUACGACGUGUCCGUGUUGGUCGUUUUAUUGUGGUAGGAGGAGUAGACUCAAUAAGCUGGGAGGUUCCCUGAAGUAAGGCUGUACCGAGAUCAGAUUUAUUUGACUCACUCAGUCUCUCUGCAGGAAUCCAGCCUGAUUUUACUGUAGAUGUUGCAUGAACCAGUGAAGUUGUUGUUUAGACUAUACUGUAGUGGAACUAGGAUUAAAUUAUGAUGUUCGAAA